CUUUGUCGUCAUUGCAUCGCAGGCACGACCCUCCAACGACGCCAAUACACUUCACAACACAACCUUGGAAUCAUCCAUUUCGCGCCGCCAUCCCUCCUUCACACUGCUGCCAUAUUGAGAGUCACUUGCCAUCACCAACAAAAUGGCUACCGCCCCGAUCAUCACAUUCAAGGCAGGUCGCUGCACAUUCAACCAGCGCAAAGUCUCAGCUGUGCCCACUCCUGGCUACAUCUACAUGUACUCGGAAGAUGACCUAUUGCAUUUUUGCUGGCGACCACGGUCAGCACCCAGUACUGAGCCUGAACUUGACCUCAUCAUGUUCCCUCAGGACGGAACAUUCCGUCCUGUCGUCCGCGAAGAGCGUGACGAAGAGAUGUGGUCGCCGACCAAUGGCCGCAUAUUCGAGCUCAGCUUUGUCUCGAGCAGUCAACGACACUUCUUCUGGAUGCAGGCAAAGACUCAGGCGGAAGAUGGCGAUCCGAGCUGGUUUAGCCUUCGCGAUCAGAGACUAGGGCAGAUUGUUGAUUCGUUAUUACAAGGUGAAGAGGUUGAUGUGCAGGAAGAGAUUGAGGCUCUCCGGCGGCAUGACUCUUCGCCAGAAGAUGAUGGUGAGGGCGAUGAUGAUGGGAUGGAUGUCGAUCAAGAGCCGGAACCUGCCAAGAGGGGAUCUGGCGGCGCGGGUUCAGGUGCUGCAGGCAAUGUAAGGCAGGGCGGAGCCAGUGGUGGCAGAGCAUAGUCCUCAGCAGCAGCAAGAUGCGAACGAUCUCGUGCGAAACUUGCUCAGUUCGUUGCAAGGAGGAGCUGGCAAGGGUGGUCAGCCGCAGCAACAACAACGCCAAACCGACAAGCCCUUCACGACCCUCUCAGACUUAC